CCCUCGGGCCGCGCCACGCCCCCGCGCUGGCGGGGGUGGCCCUUCCCACGGGAUUCGCUAGGAGCGGUUGCCGAGUACCCCAGGCUGGAAGGAUCUCUUGCUCUCAGAGCUGCCGUGGCUAACGACUGUUAAUGCCUGUGUGCAAGGCGUUCUUACCCGUGAAUCCCUCGUAAAUACCCUUUUAUCAACUUAAAAAACUUAUUUCUACAAAGUGAAUUCAUUGACUAAACCUUAUUGAACAUCUAUUUAGUGGGAGAAGCAGCUAAGCCCUGGAAACACGAAAAUAAGGAAAACUGGGUGCCCUUCAGUCUAGAGUGGAAGUUCUUUCACGGAGAGUGUAUCGGAGAAGAACCAUUUAUUCUUCCUAUGGGAUGGACAGACGGAACUGGGGAAAACCCAGGGAAGAGGGGAAUUUAUGCUGAACCCAAAGUGUGAGUAGGAUUUCUCCAGUUGAGACCUGGGAGCCUGGAUUACAGAGCAGGACAUGGCUGAAGACAAAGCUGGAGACCUAGGUCAAGGCCAGUUGUGAAAAGACACACACAAACAGAGGAAUAAAUUCCAAUGAAUGUGAAACUGUGUCAAGAAUAAAGGAAAUGCCAGAAGAAUUUGAAGCCAAUACUAUGGAUUCCCUGGUAGAUAUGCCAUUUGCUACAAUAGAUAUUAAAGAUGAUUGUAGAAUCACUGAGGUACCUCAAAUAAAUUUGGAGAGAAGUGAAGAAAAUGAAUGGAUCAAUAAAGAUCAAAGAAAGAAAGGGAGAAAAAAGCACAAAGACUAUCAACCCAACUAUUUCCUAUCCAUUCCGAUAACCAACAAAGAGGUUACAAGAGGAAUUAAGAUCCUGCAAAAUGCAAUAAUACAACAAGAUGAGCGAUUGGCCAAGGCAAUGACCAGUGACGGUUCCUUUCAUAUUACCCUGCUAGUGAUGCAGUUGUUAAAUGAUGAUGAAAUAAACAUUGGUAUUGAUGCUCUUUUGGAAUUAAAACCAUUCAUAGAAGAAAUUCUCCAAGGAAAACAUUUAACUUUGCCCUUUCAAGGGAUUGACACUUUUGGAAGUCAGAUUGGGUUUGUGAAGCUUGCAGAAGGAGAUCAUAUAAACCUACUUUUGGAGAUAGCAGAGACUGCAAAAAGGACGUUUCAAGAAAAAGGCAUCUUGGUAGGAGAAAACAGAAGUUUCAAGCCUCAUUUGACCUUCAUGAAAUUGUCCAAAACACCAUGGCUCCGGAAGAAGGGAGUGAAAAAAAUAGACCUGAAAUUAUAUGAAAAAUUUAUCAGUCAUAGAUUUGGAGAAGAAAUGGUACAUCGUGUUGAUCUUUGCUCCAUGCUGAAGAAAAAGCAAAAUAAUGGUUAUUAUCACUGUGAGUCUUCAAUUAUAAUUGGCAAGAGACCUAUUGGAAUCCAGGACUUAAUUAAUGAAGCUUUGCAUCGAGAAAGGAUGGGUCUGAAGUCCAAAGUGAAACAGAUAAAAGAACUUUUAUUAAAACCUGAAACUCAGGCCAAAAUUAGGAGGGAGCUAUUUGAAGGACGAUCCAUUAACAGCAGUAAUCAAGGAAACGAUGUUGAUUUCAGUGCAACUUUGACGUAAACUCUGUGUUGCUGUCAUGGUACCCUAGUUUAUGAACUCUUUUCAGCUUAUUAAGUAGCUCUUUGGUAAAUACCAAAAAGUCUUCUGAUAGUGUCUCACAACAGCAAACCAACAUUUGGUAAGGAAUUAACAACUUCUUGCCAAAGAAAACUGAUUUCUGCCCUGUUAUUUUUUAACCUAAAUUGUGUUUUGGAAUGUUUGUUUAUAUUAUCGAGUUAUUUUAUAUAAAGGACUUAUCGAUUAGCUGUUGUAAAAUGUUUAUGGAGUUCUCGCAGAUAAAAUAUACAGACUGUGAAAAAUCAUUUACAGACAAAAAAUAUAGUAUUUUAAGAGUCACUUGCUUCCUGUUGACAUGAUUUUCGUUGUUAUAUUAAUUAAAAGAAUUAUCGUCUACAUGUGUCUUUAUCUAGUGUUACUUUUAAUGGGAAUUUGAAUGUUAAUUGAACACUAGUACUUGAAUCAACAUUUAUAAAUGUAAUUAUUGCAAUCAGUAGUUAAGAAUGUUUUAUAAUAUCCAUACAUAUUAUUUUUCAGUGAUCAAACUGUUUGCUUUUUAAUUUCUUAAUGAAUAAAUGUUUGGGGUUUUUAUUUUCUACUUUUCUGAAGAUAAGCCCAGGUCUUAACUGUAUCCCUUAUAAUCUGAAUUUGUUUGCACUGGUUCAUUUUUAAAGAAAAUUCUCAAAAAAUUUCCUCUUAUGUGAUAAUCAUUGGUAACAGCUUUUUCUAUGACCAUUGUGAAAUUGCUGGUACUAAGAGAUCAUAAUGGAGGAGGAAGUUAUUGGAGAUUAAAUAUGUAAUCAUUUCAAAAAUAAAAUCCAUUUUAUUCAUGGAUUUUAGCUAUUUUUUCACUGGGUAGAUUAUAGUACAUUUAUUUAUAAAUGAGUUUUUGCAUUUUCAUGCUUCUUAAUAAAUGUAUUGUUUUCCCUU